AUGUACUCCCACAGUCGCCAGACCCAUGUACUCUCACAGUCGCCAGACCCAUGUACUCUCACAGUCGCCAGACCCAUGUACUCCCACAGUCGCCAGACCCAUGUACUCCCACAGUCGCCAGACCCAUGUACUCCCACAGUCGCCAGACCCAUGUACUCUCACAGUCGCCAGACCCAUGUACUCCCACAGUCGCCAGACCCAUGUACUCUCACAGUCGCCAGACCCAUGCACUCCCACAGUCGCCAGACCCAUGUACUCUCACAGUCGGAAGACCCAUGUACUCCCACAGUCGCCAGACCCAUGCACUCCCACAUGUGCCAGACCCAUGCACUCCCACAUGUGCCAGACCCAUGUACUCCCACAGUCGCCAGACCCAUGUACUCCCACAGUCGCCAGACCCAUGUACUCCCACGGUCCCCAGACCCAUGUACUCUCACAGUCGCCAGACCCAUGUACUCCCACAGUCGCCAGACCCAUGCACUCCCACAGUCGCCAGACCCAUGUACUCUCACAGUCGCCAGACCCAUGUACUCCCACAGUCGCCAGACCCAUGCACUCCCACAGUCGCCAGACCCAUGUACUCUCACAGUCGCCAGACCCAUGUACUCCCACAGUCGCCAGACCCAUGUACUCUCACAGUCGCCAGACCCAUGCACUCCCACAGUCGCCAGACCCAUGUACUCUCACAGUCGCCAGACCCAUGUACUCCCACAGUCGCCAGACCCAUGUACUCCCACAGUCGCCAGACCCAUGUACUCCCACAGUCGCCAGACCCAUGCACUCCCACAGUCGCCAGACCCAUGUACUCCCACAGUCGCCAGACCCAUGUACUCUCACAGUCGCCAGACCCAUGUACUCUCACAGUCGCCACACCCAUGUACUCCCACAGUCGCCAGACCCAUGUACUCUCACAGUCGCCAGACCCAUGUACUCUCACAGUCGCCAGACCCAUGUACUCUCACAGUCGCCAGACCCAUGUACUCUCACAGUCGCCAGACCCAUGUACUCCCACAGUCGCCAGACCCAUGUACUCCCACAGUCGCCAGACCCAUGUACUCUCACAGUCGCCAGACCCAUGUACUCUCACAGUCGCCAGACCCAUGUACUCUCACAGUCGCCAGACCCAUGUACUCUCACAGUCGCCAGACCCAUGUACUCCCACAGUCGCCAGACCCAUGUACUCCCACAGUCGGCAGACCCAUGUACUCACACAGUCGCCAGACCCAUGUACUCUCACAGUCGCCAGACCCAUGUACUCUCACAGUCGCCAGACCCGUGUACUCCCACAGUCGCCAGACCCGUGUACUCCCACAGUCGCCAGACCCAUGUACUCCCACAGUCGCCAGACCCGUGCACUCCCACAGUCGCCAGACCCAUGUACUCCCACAGUGGCCAGACCCAUGUACUCCCACAGUCGCCAGACCCAUGUGCUCCCACAGUCGCCAGACCCAUGUACUCCCACAGUCGCCAGACCCAUGUACUCCCACAGUCGCCAGACCCAUGUACUCCCACAUGUGCCAGACCCAUGUACUCCCACAGUUGCCAGACCCGUGUACUCCCACAGUCGCCAGACCCAUGUACUCCCACAUGUGCCAAACCCAUGUACUCCCACAGUCGCCAGACCCAUGUACUCCCACAGUCGCCAGACCCAUGUACUCCCACAGUCGCCAGACCCAUGUACUCCCACAGUCGCCAGACCCAUGUACUCCCACAGUCGCCAGACCCAUGUACUCUCACAGUCGCCAGAUCCAUGUACUCUCACAAUCGCCAGACCCAUGUACUCCCACAGUCGCCAGACCCAUGUACUCCCAAAGUCGCCAGACCCAUGUACUCCCACAGUCGCCAGACCCAUGUACUCUCACAGUCACCAGACCCAUGUACUCCCACAGUCGCCAGACCCAUGUACUCUCACAGUCGCCAGACCCAUGCACUCCCACAGUCGCCAGACCCAUAUGUACUCUCACAGUCGCCAGACCAAUGUACUCCCACAGUCGCCAGACCCAUGUACUCCCACAUGUGCCAGACCCAUGUACUCCCACAGUCGCCAGACCCAUGUACUCCCACAGUCGCCAGACCCAUGUACUCCCACAGUCGCCAGACCCAUGUACUCUCACAGUCGCCAGACCCAUGUACUCCCACAGUCGCCAGACCCAUGUACUCCCACAGUCGCCAGACCCAUGUACUCUCACAGUCGCCAGACCCAUGUACUCCCACAGUCGCCAGACCCAUGCACUCCCACAGUCGCCAGACCCAUGUACUCUCACAGUCGCCAGACCCAUGUACUCCCACAGUCGCCAGACCCAUGUACUCUCACAGUCGCCAGACCCAUGCACUCCCACAGUCGCCAGACCCAUGUACUCUCACAGUCGCCAGACCCAUGUACUCCCACAGUCGCCAGACCCAUGUACUCCCACAGUCGCCAGACCCAUGUACUCCCACAGUCGCCAGACCCAUGCACUCCCACAGUCGCCAGACCCAUGUACUCCCACAGUCGCCAGACCCAUGCACUCUCACAGUCGCCAGACCCAUGUACUCUCACAGUCGCCAGACCCAUGUACUCCCACAGUCGCCAGACCCAUGUACUCUCACAGUCGCCAGACCCGUGUACUCCCACAGUCGCCAGACCCAUGUACUCCCACAGUCGCCAGACUCAUGUACUCCCACAGUCGCCAGACCCAUGUACUCCCACAGUCGCCAGACCCAUGCACUCCCACAGUCGCCAGACCCAUGUACUCUCACAGUCGCCAGACCCAUGCACUCCCACAGUCGCCAGACCCAUGCACUCCCACAGUCGCCAGACCCAUGUACUCUCACAGUCGCCAGACCCAUGUACUCUCACAGUCGCCAGACCCAUGCACUCCCACAGUCGCCAGACCCAUGUACUCCCACAGUUGCCAGACCCAUGUACUCCCACAGUCGCCAGACCCAUGUACUCCCACAGUCGCCAGACCCAUGUACUCCCACAGUCGCCAGACCCAUGCACUCCCACAGUCGCCAGACCCAUGUACUCCCACAGUCGCCAGACCCAUGUACUCUCACAGUCGCCAGACCCAUGCACUCCCACAGUCGCCAGACCCAUGUACUCCCACAGUCGCCAGACCCAUGUACUCCCACAGUCGCCAGACCCAUGUACUCUCACAGUCGCCAGACCAAUAA